AUGAUUCUGAUACAUCCUUUUGAUGAAGAAACCAUCGAUGGCGAUAUUAUCAAUAUUGACCAGUACCGAUUACCAUACGAGCAUGACGAGCACUGGCAAAUUCGACGAGCGUUUUUGGAGAAAAAUCAGCAUGUUUUACCCUUGCAAAAGCUCCUGUCUCUUGCUCAAGCUUACAUGAACGUAAAAACACUGGGAUGCCAAUAUGCCCCAUUAACAAUGAAACGAAUUACUAAAUAUUCAAAAGGCAUUGACGAUGACUACCACCAAUCACGUGUUCACACGUUGAAGCGUGUGCUCAUAACAGCAUCAGAUGCAGCAGCUUUUAAGGUGCGAAGAGAGGACCCUAUAGUCUCUGCCAAGCUAAACGAUAGCAAUGUAAAACAAAAUCUUGAUCAAACCGAUCAACAUACCACCAUGCCGCCGGCACAUAUAAUGAAUAUUGUCCGCAAUAAGAUAAUUAUCCUUAAUAAUUGCUUAAACAACACAAUGGAAGCGUUCAAUAAUCAAAACACCGGGAUUAAAAUGAUGCAAUACUCCUGUAAAGGGUCAUCGGAACAUUGUGGUUUUAUCAAAAUUGGCGGCUUCGUUGUAGGAAAAGGCGAAGGCAUCACAGCAAAACGUGCUUUAAAAUCAGCUGCUGAUGAUGCGAUGAUUUUUCUGUCCAAACACUGUUACUCUUUAACGCGUAAAAAACAAGCUACAAAGGUGGAGAGUAUCGCCGUUAUAUCGGUGGAGGAUUCAAAGUCGUCAAGCUCUACAACUAACGAAUACAUGAAGAUCGGAUCUGACAACGUUGGAUUUAAAAUGAUGGCGAAAUUUGGUUGGACCGGUGGCAGUCUAGGUACUAAAGAUAACGGCAUACUUGAUCCCGUGAAUGUAGAACAAAAACUUGGACGAGAAGGACUCGGCCAGAAAGGAAAACUGAACAGGAAUAUGAUAAGACAGAAAUUAAAAGACUUGCAUGAUGGAAAAUUGCAGGAUCAAGAUCAUCUUGUAUUCAGUAAUGAAUAUUCCAAAGCGGAACGAAAGUUGAUCCAUUCGCUCGCUGCUUCAUUUGGCCUAAAAUCGCAGAGUUACGGCAGUGAACUGCAGGGUAACAGGCAGCUCGUGGUCCAACGAAAUGUAAAGCCAUUGGAUCUGCUAAGAAAAGUCAUGAUUGAUAAAGAUCCUAUCUACACCGAGAUGUACGAUGUCACCUGUCCUACUGAAAACUCUCCUCAAUAA